GUCCCGAUGGUGAAUUUGGUGUUAAUUGUGAAAAGAAAUGUGUUUGUCUAAUCGAAACUUGCAGUAAAGGAACAGGAAAAUGUCCACCUGGAGGCUGUAAAGAAGGUUUCUAUGGUGAAUCAUGUAGCAAAGAUUGUGAAAGUGGUAACUUCGGUCGAAACUGUGGAGAAUUUUGUGGCGGAUGUAUAUCUAAUAUAUGUGAUAAACUUGAUGGGUUCUGUACAAACACCACUGGAUGUGAACCUGGUUUUCUGUACGAAGACUACUGCAACAAAACCUGUGACAAUGGAUAUUACGGGGCUAACUGCACAAGAAAGUGUAAUUGUUUGAACGACAUGUGCCAGAAAUCGACAGGAAAAUGUACAGUUGGAUCUGAAUCACAAACUGAGAGUUCGUCUAACGGGGCAGCGAUAGGUGGAGGUGUUGCAGCUGCAAUAAUCGUGCUGCUUGUAAUGGUGGGAGCGUUUAUCUUUUACAAACGCAGAUUGAUAUCCAGAAAAGAGAAAUAUGUUCACAGGAAAAAAUCAAGCGAUAAUAGAUCUUCGAGUAGACCGACGGAAACCCGUAAUGAAAAUGAUUAUGCAAAUGUUAAUAUCGCUGCCACGAUGGAUGAGGAUGAUGUUUCUUUUACCCUGAAAGACGGAGAAGAUCUCGACUAUCAAAUAGACGAUAAUGGGGAUGAAAACGUGUAUAACAAUGUUAACAGUAAAUAUGAUGUUUCCAUGUACAAUAUACUGAUUGAAGAUCUGAAAGAUGCUAUAAAUGAUAAACAGAAAGAUGAAGGUUUCAAAAAAGAGUAUGAGAUGUUACCUAGAGGGCUUGUGUAUGCUCAUGUCGAAGGUUCAAAAGAAGAAAAUAAAAUAAAAAACCGUUUUCUCGCAACAUGGCCAUAUGACCAUUCACGAGUUAUUCUGAGGGGAAACACUAAGAAUGAUUAUAUAAAUGCUAGUUACAUUGAUAACUUUGAAAAUAUAAAGGCAUACAUAGCAGCACAAGGUCCUAAAAAGGUGACAUUGAGAGAUUUUUGGCACAUGAUCUGGCAUGAGAAUGUUGGGAAAAUAGUGAUGGUAACACAACUGAUAGAAAACCAAAAGAAAAAAUGUGAACAGUAUUGGCCUGAAACAGUUUCUGAACCACUGUUAGUCAACAACUUCAAAGUUACAAUGACUGAGGAAAGAAAGUACACAUUUUAUGUGUACAGGUUAUUAACUGUUUCGCUUAAAAACUCUACGGAAAGAAAAAUUCACCAUUUUCAUUUCAUUCAAUGGCCAGACCACGGUGUUCCCGACAGCAUCAAACUUGUAGACUUUUACAGAAAAGUCAAAGAUGAAAAAUGUAAUUUAAAAGGACCCAUGGUUGUACAUUGCAGCGCUGGAGUUGGAAGGACUGGGACAUUUAUAGCUACAGAUGCAUUAUAUCAGCAUGGAAAGAAAGUUGGUUACGUAAAUGUUAUGGAAUAUAUAGAGAUGAUGAGGAAAGACAGAAUGAAUAUGGUUCAAACAUACGAACAAUAUGAGACAGUCUUUGAAGCCUUGUUAGAACUGUUUACAGUACCAAAAACGUCUAUUCCGAAGAAUGAUUUUUGUCAAUAUAUUCUGGACCAAGACAAAAAGACAAUCCCGCGAAAUCAAAAGUUUUACAAAGUAGAAUUUCAGAGAUUAGAAACCCUACGACCCGUGUAUCCAUCGUCAGCAUUCACUGCAGCAACAUUAAACGAAAAUAUAUCCAAGAAUUCAGCAAAGAAUAUACUUGCACAUGACAGGUAUAGACCAUAUCUUAUGUCAUAUGGUAAAACACGUAGUGACUACAUCAACGCUGUGAUAAUACCAGGAUAUGCAGAUCAGAGUAAAUUUUUAAUGACACAAUGUCCUUUGGAAGGGACUGUUGUUGAUUUCUGGACAAUGGUAUAUGACCAUGACUCAAAGGUUGUUGUAUUAUUGAACCAGUUAAACAAGAAAGGUCAAUUGUGGUCAGGAAAAAAUGAAGUGUUGGAGUUUGAACAUUUUACAAUUGUGCAAGAAAAUACAUCCAACUCUGAACAGCUCCAGCUGACUUUACACUCAAAGAAAAAGGAACAGAGGAAAAUCACUGUUUUUACGGCACCUAAAUUGAACGUGACAAGUGAUGCAAUGCUUCCAUCAAACAUUUUACUUGAUCUUCUGAAAACUGUAAAAGAUUGUUGGGAAGAACACAAAGGUUUUAUUACUGUUGUUAGCAGCGAUGGUUGCACUAAAAUUGGACUGUUUGUUGCGCUAUAUCUUUCCUUGGAAAAAAUGGAGAUAGACGAUGAAGUUGAUGUAUUUCAAGUUGUAAGGGCAAUGCAAGUUAGACGUCCUGAAUUUUUAACGGAAUUAGAGGAGUAUGAAUAUUGCUACAAGUGUAUCAAGGAAUAUUUAGAAAGAGACUCGCUGUAUGCAAAUAUUUAGUAGCGUCCGUGUUCAUUGAUAAAUAUUGUCUACAAUAUGUAUCUAUGGUAUUGUUUUAAUUAAUCGGAAAACAGAUAGAAUUUAAUGAUCGUGUUAGUGAUAUAAUUGUGUAAAACUCUAAACUAGUAAAUAAGUAUAAGCAUAAACCUUGAAUAACCUUGUAUAUCGAAAAUUUGUAUUCCUAUUAAGUAAAAUAUCAAAAGUCUACAGAUUAGUCAAUUUCAAAUUGGUGAAAUUGAAAAUUAAAGUUGUAUUCCAGGUAUUUUUUUAGUUUAAAAUGUUGCUGAAUUUAGAAAAAGUGUGUGUCAAAACUUUGACUCAUUGCGAUCCCUUUUUAAAAUAAGUAACAGAAAUUGUCACUCAACAGAAAUUAAUGAACAUGUGCAGUUGGUAUUUUUCUGUUUAGUAUUGUAUUGUGAAUUUAAAUGCUCACAUAACUGAAAUCUAUGCACAAUGACGAGAAACAAUACCCGGCUCGGGAUUUAAAAAAAAAAAGAUACUCAUUUCACCAUAAAUCUCCUGAUAAAAAGUACUCGUAACUCAAGAAAAGAUCCUCCGCCCUAUAAUAGUACUUUCAAAAUGUUGUCCAUGGUAAAACAUCUCAGAAUCUGUUUAACGUUAGAAUUGUCAGAAUAUGUUCUAUGUCAGAACUGUUGUCAGGUAUUGUAGAAUGCCAAUAUAUCUUCCUGAUAGAUCUGUCAGUAUUUAGUACUACUUAUGAGCUGUCAGAAUACGCUCUACAAUAUCAGGGUGAAACUAUCGGAUAAGUUAUUGGUAUAAUUUUUUAUAAAUAAAAAAAUCUGUUCCAGGGUAGAAUUGUCAGGAUCUGUCCUGCUGUAGAUCAUUUUCUGUCAACAAUGGUUUUAAAUGUCUCAGUAGAUUUGCUAAUACUUCCUUACUGAUUACAAGAGAAGUUGCAAUGUUGAUGGCCAUGCUGUUGUCUGUUUUAUAAGACAUAAUUUGUGAGUUCCACUUUGGUAUCUUCUCUCGAUUUUUAAAACUGUGUCACUUAGCCUUUGAUCUCUUUUGUAUUUUUAGCAAACUGCUCCGUUUUACGAAAAUAUAUGUUGUUUUUUUGUGUUGUUUUGUUAUUCUUAUUUUUUUGUUUUGGUUUGGUUUAGUUUGUUUUGUCAAAAUAUACAUAUAAUCUCAUUUAAUUUUUAUAUUCUAUCGUCUACCAUACAAGUGAUUUGAUUUUGUCAUUACAUUUUCGUUCUAUCGUAAAGGUGCUCAAGAUACCAUUUAGUACAUUUGAAUCCUCAGUUCAAAAUGUUGAAAUAUUAUACUUAAAGUUUUAAUAUUAGUUUAUUGUUUUAUUCUUAAAUUCUUGUCUAGCUUUUGUUACCAGCAUAUAUUCUUAAACUCCAUUUCGUUUCGAUGAGAAAGAAGGAAAUAAAUAAGUGUACCGUGGUCCAUAUAUUAUAAAUCAAUGAUUAACAGAGACAAAUCAAGGCAGCAAACAAAAACUCGGGAAUCGCAUAAACUCCAAAAGGGGCGGGACCGCAUGCACUGACAUGAUAAGUGUGUCCUGCUUUGUAUGUAUUAUCCGCAAUUCGAGCUCUCAAUCACAAUAUCAAAAUCAUGAAUAGGACAUAAUUGGUUUAAAUCACAGAUCAGACUAAUUUGAUGCUAGUAUCUUUAGAUCUAAGUAAAAUAUUCAACUGGUAUUGUUUCAACAUGUUACAUGUAAAUACUCUUGAUAUUUGUAAAGAUAUAUAUAUAUAAGCUAGAGUUAGAGGAGGGGAUAAGGUCUCCGCACAAUGCUAGGCGGUGUUGUCGUAGAAGUUAGAAAGAAAGUACAGGUUCCAGCCCCGGCGCCGGGGAGGAAGUUACGAAUCAAAUAUACUCUAACAUCGUUAGGUUGAUUUUCUAGGCACUUUAUAUAUAUAUAUAUAUAUAUAUAUAUAUAUGCAGUUUUUAUCCAACGCAGUCAUAGGUUUGAACGUAGUUUUCAAUUUAGACUCGUUUAUAUUUUUUUGUUUGGGCUUUGUAUCAUAUUUUCCCUCCGGUUUAUAUGAUCCGUUCAUCCUAUAUUGACUCUUUAAAUUCAAGAGUUUAUCUUAAAAUGAGGGUACUUUUUCUAAAAAUGAGGAUACUCUUUAUAUGGCCUUCCAAAUACCGUUUCGAUCCCUAACAUCACUGAAGAGACAUUUAUUGUCGAAAUCCGGAUCUGGUGUAUUAAAAUAUAUUGACACCGUAUGUUUGUGGCACAACAUCGCGGCCACAAGUUUAAAAAGUUUUUCUGUUUAGUAUUAAAUUUAUUUUGAGAUCCAUUUUGUUACAUCUUGUGAUCAAUUUUAUUUGGCAAUCGCCAAUGGCAGU